GACUGAUUGUUGUAACCUAAAUCACUGAAGUUACACAUUAUAUAAUCUGGUGAUCCAUUCCAGGGUUAGUGCGCCUACAGAUUCAUAACUUUCCUUACAUGUUUUAUCAGUAUCUAGUGUUUUUUUUCUACUUUUGGUUGCAAGGAGUCACGCGUUGCUGAACAAUCAACGCAGUUGCCACCGUAAACUCAGUUGAAAAUGUCAAGUAUAUAAAAAUCUCAGUGAUGGUGCAAGUACAGGAUAGAGAAACUGGUUUAUCGAAAAAUGAGUACCUUCUUGCUGGUUCUGUCAGUGGUUUUGUUGCUAGGGCAGUUGUACAACCUUUGGACGUAAUUAAAAUACGUUUUCAGCUACAAAUGGAACCAAUCGAAGUUUCCAGAACGAGCAAGUAUCAAGGUCUUAUGCAAGCCGUCAGGUGCAUAAGCAAGGAAGAGGGUGCUAUUGCUUUUUGGAAAGGUCAUGUUCCUGCUCAAAUGCAGUCGGUUACGUUCACUAGUGUUCAGUUUCUUACUUUUGAAGUGAUUCUUUCGUGGCUGCGUGAAGUCAACAGUCUCCUUAUUUCAGAUAACAAAAUAUUUGGCUUACCUAUUACCUACAAACCUAUUGGUAACUUUCUGUGCGGAUGUGGAGCGGGCUCUUUAGCAGCAGUAGUUACUCAACCAUUAGACGUCCUACGCACACGUUUCAUUGCUCAAGGUGAGCCGAAAACUUACGGGAGCAUGUCACAUGCAGCUGUUUCCAUCAUAACUCGUGAAGGUGCUCAAGGGUUUUUCCGUGGGCUUGUACCAUCUCUUCUUCUUAUAGCACCACAAACAGGGAUUCAAUUUGCCAUUUAUCAUUCAUUAAACCAAAUGAUUAAUCAAGGAAAGUAUUAUUUGCAUCCCAAUCUCAUUGAUAAGUCACCACAAUUCCAUAGCGGUAACCGUUCAGUUGGUCCUGUUCAAAGUUUGAUCUCUGGUGGACUUGCAGGGAUUGGAUCCAAAUGUGUAAUAUAUCCACUUGAUAUGGUGAAAAAACGUAUGCAAGUUCGGGGUUUUGAAGAAGCGCGUGCUCAAUUCGGUCGAAUUCCUAUCAGAAAUGAUGGUCUUUGUAGGUGCUUACUUGAAAUAUGGCAAAUGGAAGGAGCUUCAGCAUUUUUUAAAGGAUUAAGACCCACUUUACUCAAGUCUUUUGUUUCUAUCUCGUGUCGAUUUACUGUGUAUGAACAAAUUUGCAGAUUUCUACUUUAUCAAAAGCACUCAUAA